UAUCGUUUCUAUACAUUCAUUAACUGCUUGAGACGAAGCAUUUGCCUACUAUUUCUCCAGUACUUUCAUUUGUGCCAUCUCUUGCUUCUUCAGAGAGAGAGAGAAAGAUUGGGUUGGAAGAUAUGGGUUCAAGAAGAGCUUCGGGAUUCUCCCUAUGUUGUAUUGUUGUUACCAUGUUUUUGGUAUGGCCAAUCACACCAACUCAAGCACAGUUGACGCCUACCUUCUAUGAUAAUUCGUGUCCGAGUGCACUUAACACCAUCAGAACUGUCAUCCGAUCCGCUGUCUCAACGGAGAGGCGAAUGGCUGCAUCACUCAUUCGCCUUCAUUUCCACGACUGCUUUGUUCAGGGUUGCGAUGCAUCAAUUUUACUUGACGAUUCUUCUUCAAUCAGAAGCGAGAAGAAUGCUCUCCCUAAUCAAAACUCAGCAAGAGGUUAUCAAGUCAUAGACAGGGCGAAAUCUCAGGUGGAGAGCAUCUGUCCCGGUGUUGUCUCAUGUGCAGACAUCCUUGCUGUUGCCGCACGGGAUGCAUCUAUCGCUGUGGGAGGCCCAUCGUGGACAGUGAAGCUUGGAAGAAGAGACUCCACCACUGCAAGCCCAGACCUAGCUAACAGCGACCUUCCGAGCUUUACAGCAAGCCUUGACACACUUAUCGGCCAGUUUGCUAAGAAGGGUCUCAGUGCAAGAGAUAUGGUUGCCCUCUCAGGUUCUCACACCAUAGGACAAGCAAGCUGCCUGACAUUCCGAGGCCGGAUAUAUGAUAAUUCUAGUGACAUUGAUGCUGGCUUUGCAAGCACAAGGAAACGUCGUUGUCCUACUGACGCCUCAGGGGAUGGCAAUUUGGCCCCUCUCGAUUUGGUCACACCCAACUCUUUUGACAAUAACUACUUCAAGAAUCUGAUCCAGAGAAAGGGUCUCCUUCAUUCUGAUCAAGUUCUCUUCAGCGGAGGAUCCACAGACAGCAUUGUCACUGAAUAUAGCAAGAGCCCUAAUACUUUUAAAUCAGAUUUUGCAUCUGCCAUGAUAAAGAUGGGCGAUAUCAAUCCUCUCACAGGCUCCUUGGGGGAGAUAAGGAGGCUGUGCAGUGCAGUAAACUAAUUUAUAUAAGCAAGCAUUAAUGGUUGGAAUACAUUUACAGAA